GACCCUAGCCCACCUUACAGCGGACUUACGCGAUGGGAGCGGUUCAAAAGUUCCGAACUCAAUUACCUCAGCAUUACGGACAAUCCUAAAAUGGAGACUGGCUUUCACUGGCGCGGUCAUGUGUUCUGGAACAAGUAUGCUCGCCAUUUGGACGCAGUUGACGUGGGCAACCUGAAGUACAUUUCUUCGCUACAACAUGAACUUGAGCAUUACCAGCUGGCGACGUGGAUUCUGUUGUCCACCACAAUAUUUUUUCUGAUAAUUUUGAUUGGCCUCAUCUGUUACUGCACUCGCAAGGACCCGGAUGAUAUUGACUCCUGA